AUGAAUAGUGUAGCUUUUGGAAAAGAGCAAGAUGUUUGUCUAGAUAUUUUUGGACAACAACCAUCUUUCAACAUGUAUACGCAGGUCUGUCUUUGCUUUCCAAUAACCGAUGAAUCCUCAUAUUCAACAAUCAUCGACACAUUGACCAGUGGCCUCGAUCGCCUAUCAACUAGCUUUCCAUGGAUAGCAGGCAAUGUCAUCAACGAAGGCUCAGGCAAAGACAAUACAGGUGUCUAUAAGAUCCGUAUGUUGGAGCAGACUGAUCUUCUUGUUGUGAAAGAUCUCAGAAAUGAAUCCUCGAUUCCGAGCAUGGAUGUCCUCAGGCGAUCCAACUUCCCUUUUAGCAUGCUUGACGAAAACAUUGUUGCACCUUGCAAAGGUCACCCAGGCAAUCAAUCAGCAUCAGAUCCUGCACCAGUCUUUAUCCUUCAAGCCAACCUCAUAACUGGCGGCAUCAUUCUCACCUUCGUUAGCCAGCACCAGACAAUGGACAUGGUUGGUCAAGGGCAGAUCAUGUAUCUUUUGUCAAAGGCCUGCCACAAUGAACCAUUUACAGAGGAAGAAGUGCUAUCUGGCAACCUUCCUCGCCAAAAUCUUAUCCCUUUACUCGAUGACCGCUCCAAGCUAGGCGGUGAAGUUACUCGUCAAACUGUGAAAUCCAUUCCAUCUCAACCCAUCUGCGAUGCUGCCAAUGGUCAACCACUACACCCACCUCCAUCUCCUGAACGCACUUGGGCCUACUUCAUUUUCCCCGCUACCUCUCUUGUUGCUUUGAAAUCACUUGCCAAAGAGGCUAUCGCCGGCCCAAAUCACAUCUCCACCGACGACGCCCUUAGCGCCUUUAUCUGGCAAUCCGUCAUCCGCGCCCGCCUUCCUCGCUUGGACCCAAUGAUAGAAUCGACAUUCGGGCGGUCCAUCGAUGUAUGCAGUCGUCUGAAUAUUCCAGUGACGUACCCGGGACUUAUGAGUAAUAUGACGUAUCAUACGUACACCCUUCAGGAGCUUGUUAAGGAGCCGUUGGGCGUUGUCGCAUCACGUCUUCGUUCGGCUUUGAAUUCUUCGACAUCAACUCUGGUCUACGAUACCCGCGCCCUCGCCACGUUCCUCAACAGCAACCCAGACAAAAAUCUUGCCUCUAAUAUAGCGACGCUUAACCUUUCAACGGAUAUCAUCUUCAGCUCUUGGGCGAAGAUAGGCAUUUAUGAUCUUGAUUUUAACCUUGGAUUGGGCAAACCUGAAGCUGUGCGUAGACCGCGUUUCAGCACGGUUGAGAGUUUGAUGUUUUUGAUGCCUAGGACUUUGAACGGCGAAAUUACGGCUGCUAUGUGCUUGAGAAAUGACGAUAUGAAAAGAUUGCAGGAAGACAAUGAGUUCAGGAAGUAUGGUACAUAUGUUGGGUGA